CGCGUGAUGACCUCAGCCUAGAACAGGUUCCUUCCGAUGAGGCACUAGCUAGCGCGACACAAGUGAGACACAGCUCUGGAACCAAUGGCAACGAAGGUGAAGCUCAGGCCGCGCAGAAAAAAAGGGGAAAAAAAAAAUCAAGUCACUCAGGAGAGAUUAGCAUUUCAACAGUGCUCAUCGUUUACACGAAAGCUCCGUGCCCAUUCACGCGACUUCGCCGAGCUGCCGAGAUUAGGACCAGGUCGUCCUCUGAACGGGCUCAAUUAUUCAGCUCGGAUGACCUCAUCAUAUUCCCAGCUUCGUAGCAACUGCGAUACUCUGAUUUGUUCUCUUUAACUUGUGCGAAAUCAACAGCUAAUCGUUCGUUCCAGCUGCUAUCAACUACCGCCAUGUCGUCGUCUUCCUCCUUGUUCAAGCAGCUGGGCCUUGCGGGGACCGGCUCCCCCCUCUCCGGCCGCCACCUCCUCCUCAUCCUCCUCGGCGCAGGCUUCCUCGCGUUCACCGUCUUCGUCGUCCACCCCAACGAGUUCCGAAUCCAAUCCUUCUUCGCAGGAAGCUGCGGUCGCCCCCGCGCGGAAGCCGCCGGCGUGCCCCAUGCCGCGGCCACAGAGGUCGCCCAGGCGCCGGACGACGACGUGCGCGUGCUCAUCGGCAUCCAGACGCUGCCGGCCAAGUACGAGCGGCGGCACCUGCUGCGGACGGUGUACUCGCUCCAGGUCCGAGAGCACCCGUCCCUCGCCGGCCGCGUCGACGUCCGCUUCGUCUUCUGCAACGUGACGUCCCCGGACGACGCCGUGUUCGUGGCGCUGGAGAUCAUGCGCUACGGCGACAUCAUCGUGCUGGACUGCGCGGAGAACAUGGACAACGGCAAGACCUACACCUUCUUCUCCACCGUGGCCCGCGCCUUCAACGCCACCACCACCGGCGCCGCCGCCGGCCGCCCGAGGUACGACUACGUGAUGAAGGCCGACGACGACACGUACCUGCGGCUGCCGGCGCUGGCGGCGUCCCUGCGCGGCGCGGCGAGGGAGGACGCCUACUACGGUCUGCAGAUGCCGUGCGACCGCGAGAACUUCUACCCGUUCCCGCCCUUCAUGUCCGGGAUGGGGUACGCGCUGUCGUGGGACCUGGUGGCGUGGGUGGCGGCGUCGGACCUGGCCCGGCGCGAGCAGGACGGGCCCGAGGACAUGUGGACGGGGCGGUGGUUCAACGUCGCCGGCCGGGCCAGGAACCGGUACGACCAGGCGCCGCGGAUGUACAACUACAAGGGCGCCUCGCCGGACAGCUGCUUCCGCCACGGCUUCGUCCCGGACACCAUCGCCGUGCACAUGCUCAAGGACGCCGCGCGCUGGGCCGAGACGCUCGCCUACUUCAACGCCACGGCGGGGCUCCCGCGCGCCGGCCAGCUCUACCACCUGCCGCCGCCGGCGCCGGCGGGCAGGCCAUGAGAGGGCUGAGAGUUGAACCAAACCAUUAUUUAUUCCGUUCUUGACGUUUUGGCUGGCUCUCGUGGGGCUCGGUCAAGGGUUGGUGGCGGUGGUUAGGCGAGAGGGAGGAUAAUCUAUGUGUCCAUUUGGUGUUGCCGAAUUGCUGAUGGAAUAGAAGAUGGCAUAAUUGGAUUUGUUUGCAAUUUCGAGUUUGAAGUGAUGCCUCAUGGUGCUGGUUGGUCUU